UGGUGAAAAUCGAUCAGUUGCUGAUAGUGAAGACAAAACUGAUCGUUCUGGAACUAGUCGAGUUGGCAAAGCAUGUGACUUUUUAUAUUUGAGUUCAUUUUAUGAAUCAGGUAUCGGUGAAAAUACUGGGCCAACACAUAAAGAUAAUCAUGAUAAAUCAAUCUCAAAUUUUAUUAAAAUAAUCAAAGUUACGAAAUCACAGCACAAAAAACUUGAAAAUUAUUUAAUAGAACAAAGUGGAAAAAAUCCUCUUCCUGAGAGUUUACAGAAAGGAAUGAUGUCCAUAUUUAUACCAUUCUAUCAGAUUAUUGGAAUGAAAAUUAGAUUCUACCUCCUUUUUCAAAUAAAUGGGGAUUUAUAUGGAAUAUGGGAUUGGGCCUCUGAGAUGUUUCCGGAAAAAGAUGAAAGUAUUAGAGAAAAUCUUUUGGAGCGGAUUGGAAGAAUAACAAAUAUUCUAACCGAAGAAGCCAAGGAAUUUAAACAUAAAUCUCCUGGAGGGAUCACAGAAAUCUAUAAAAUUAAAUCAACCACAAUCACCAUAGAAAAAGGCGGAUCAGCAAGAUAUAGAUAA